CUUGCACUGGUAUGAAAGAAACACUCGGCAGUGUAUACAUAUUUCAUGCGACGCAGUUGAUUUAAGCUGAUUUAGCUAAUAGCCGAGCUCAAUCAAACGUAUGAAGUAUGCAGUACAUACCGGGCAGCAGCAGUGGGAGAGUGGCCUGUCGGCCGGCCCUUUUAAAAUGUAACGAAUAAAAAUGUCACAGGUAUACCGCAGUAAGUCAAGAGAGCGAAAAAAUCCAGCAUUAAAGAUGGAGUUCCAAGUACAGCGAAUGAAUCAAUGGAGGAGAAGAAGGAAUGAAACAUGGUUAUUGAAAGAAACCAAACAAGCGUAGAUGGAUGUACGUAAAGUGGAGAACGAUGUGUUUCAAAGUACUCGUAAUUCAUCGACGACAAGCUUAGUGAUUUUUAUACCAAAAAUAUAUACCCAUAUAUAUUUAUAUAGAAAUACGUUAUAAAAACUUAUCACAAUGUUCAAAAAUAAAUGUUUGUCUGCUAAACGAAAAUAAAGAAAAAAGUGCAUAAUCAGGUCUUACUUUUGCCAACAAUAUGUGCAAAGUGGAACUGGGGCGAGAGGUAUAUGUUAAAGUUGUAAUAUAUAAUAUAAAACAAGUUAUGGGCCAAUUAUCCAGCCAUCACGACAAAAGGAACAACGAGAACCGCUUGUCGACCGCCACACACUUCAGCAAUCGCAGCCACUCCAUACGGAAGUCAAAGGUGCAUAACAACAGCCAUUCAACACUGGAACCACCAGCACUCUCCGCUGCUGUCACCGGCACGGAGGAGUCAUCACUGCUACGUGUUGUUGGCAACCCACGCGUUAAAGGUCUCGCCAAUGGACGGCCAGUCACGAUCAGUGAGAUCGGCAAGCGUAUCGAACUAAAUACCAGUGAUAUUUUCGAUAAUAAAGACAACGAUACGAAUAGUGUUGGUGGCGGCUGUGGCAUUGGCAUUGGCAUUAGCGUUAGCGGUGUUACCGACGAUGGUGACGACACAUGGUCCAACACGACUAGUAACUUGCAAAUGUCCAAGUUGACGACGGCGACGGCAACAUCAGCCACACCAACAGCUACUACACCCCUUCCAUCAGCGGAUAAUGUUACAGAUGCCGCGACCGCAACCAAGAAGACGACAACGACGACAGAGUAUUUAACCAUUGGCGAUAGAUAUCACAAAACAAAUAAUUGCUACUAUCGCAGUCCCAAUGGAAAUUUCCAUAAACUGCCGUCAGAUUCCUACCAUAAGAUGACUGAUGGGUGUUAUGUACGUACAGCAGAUGGCACAUUUCGUCGUCUAGAGCCGCCGAGCAGCGUCACAAAUGGUGGUGGCGGUUCAAACGCUGGAAAAUUGCAUCAGCGCGGUGAUGCUAGCGGCAGUUCAACACGUCUAAAAAAUCAUAUGCUCAGAUUUUUGAAACGUUCCAAAAGUCAUACACCCGCAACCAUGAAGGAAUUGGAGAAGGAGCGGGGGAAGGAGAAAGAUUUGAAGGCGAAUCGCGGUCGAAAAGCGCGCUUUCCAUCAACCAUACAAGAAAAUUGUCCCACAUUGCCGGUGGGGGGAGGCAAGACACCCAGUGGUAGCAUAGCGGCCGGUAGUCGUAAUAAUAAAGUUGUUGUUACAAUGAUGGAAGGUGGUGGUUUGCCGAUAAUAGCGACCAGCAAAGCGGAACGUUCAAGAAAUAAAGAUUCUGCGGCUGAUGGAUCGCGCAGUGGUCGAUCAAGGGUACGUACUAAUGUGUAUAUGAGUGCGAAUAUUAUGUGAAUGUGUGUAUGUAUGCAUGAGUGCGAUUGUAUUUACAAAAAUUUCAAUACCAUUUAAAUAUAAAGCAGUUGCAGUGCCGGGUUUUGGUGGUAGUACAGUAUUUUCUAUAUACUAUAUUGUAUAUCUGACAAUAUCUUUUGGUUAAAUUUGAGUAUUUCCCAUUGUAGUGCAAUUUUCAGCGUACUUUGGUCAAACGUUUUGUUUUUUUUGCUUCAGUUCAUGACUUUUCGGAUCUCUACGUUUUCGAAAUUCUGCGCCGUUUUGUUCGAAUUGUUUUCAUAUCUAAAUGGGAAAUGUGCUCCAUUCUGCAGUAGCGUGUGCAGACCUUUAUCGUAAUGGUAGUUGGGUUUUU